UCGCCGGUGAUCUGUUCCCGUCUGGGGUCCCAGAUGCAGGGUUUAGUUCAAGGAUUUUGCAGAGGCCUAGAAUCUGCACUCAGCCGUUCAUAUUCAACUCUCUGCUCUGAAAAGUGCGUUGCAGUCUUGAGGCGCGGACUUUGAUUUCUCUCCGCAACUCCCUUUAAUCGAGAGCUCGUCCUGUCAAGAGAGAUUGCAAUAGACGAGAUUUUUAAUCGUGUCGACUGUAGUUUCUCCGAGUGAGCGAGUGGAAGCAUUUCGUUUGUCCUUGUUGAGUCAGUCACAACCAAAAUGCCAGCUCCUGUGGAGGAAAAUGGUAAGGAGAAGAAGAAUGCAGAGGCGAAAGAGCUCUUUCUGAAAAUUGGAUUGGAGGACAAAACAGCGCAAAAUGCUGUGGCCAAUCCGAAGGUCACGGCUAAUCUUAUUGCUGUCAUUGUCGAGGCUGGACUGCAAGAAGGAUGUGGAAGGUCUGUGGGGAACUUACUCUACUCGAUAGCUACGAAAUUCCCCAACAACGCUUUGAACCAUCGGCCGACGUUGUUGCAGUAUGUUACGGCGGGGAAGAUCAAAAGCAUUCCACAAGUUGAGGCUGCCUUCGGUUUUCUUUCUAAAUUUGGACCCGAACCUUACAACCUCGCCGAGUUUGAGUCAGCGUGUGGUGUUGGUGUCGAGGUUUCACAAGAGGAAAUUCAAGCUGCUGUGAAGGCUGUAAUUGAGAAGCAAAAAGAUAUGCUCUUACAACAGCGUUACCGUGCCAACGUUGGAAUACUGCUUAGCCACGUCCGCGCAGAGCAGCCUUGGGCCGAUGGGAAAGUUGUCAAGGAGGAGAUGGAUGCGCAGUUGAAACAACUGCUGGGAGAAAAGACUGCCGAAGAUGAGAAGCCGCUUGUGAGGAAAAAGGAGAAGAAACCCAGGGCAGAUCCAAAGUCAGAGGAAGUGACUUCUUCGGUGGGAGACACCACGGCUGUAUCACCCGCAGCCGAGGAGAAUGACGGAAAUGCGAAGAUUGAUCCAUUCUCUAUUUUCCCUUCUCCUGAAGAAAACAAUGCGGUACUUACGGAAAUAUUUUUCAGUGAUGGUUCAAUUUGGAGACCUCACAAUACCAAAGAACGAUUAGAGAAGCACCUUGAGGUCACUGGGAAAAAAGUUCACACUCGAUUUCCUCCAGAACCUAAUGGCUAUCUUCAUAUUGGACACGCGAAGGCGAUGUACGUUGAUUUCGGUCUUGCGAAAGAUAGAGGUGGCAACUGCUAUUUAAGAUUUGAUGAUACAAAUCCGGAGGCUGAGAAGAAGGAAUACAUUGAUCAUAUCCAGGAGAUCAUCAACUGGAUUGGCUGGCAACCCUUCAAGAUAACGUACAGCAGCGAUUAUUUUCAGCAGCUUUAUGACCUUGCAGUUGAGCUUAUUAAGCGGGACUGUGCUUAUGUCGAUCACCAGACAGCAGAGGAGAUAAAGCUGAGCAGGUUGAACAAAGAGGAUAGUCCAUGGAGAAAUCGCCCCAUUUCUGAGUCAUUAAAACUUUUUGACGACAUGAGGCGUGGCCUUAUUGAUGAAGGCAAAGCCACCCUGAGGAUGAAACAGGAUAUGAAGAACGACAACAAAAACAUGGGUGACCUCAUCGCCUACCGUAUCAAGUUUACUCCUCAUCCUCAUGUCGGUGACAAGUGGUGUAUCUAUCCUAGUUACGAUUACACACACUGUAUCGUUGAUUCCCUGGAGAAUAUCACGCACUCUCUUUGCACCCUCGAGUUUGAGUCUCGCCGAGCAUCGUACUAUUGGCUCCUUGAGUCUUUGGAUCUUUAUCUUCCGUAUGUUUGGGAGUACUCUCGCCUUAACAUCACUCACAACGUGAUGUCUAAAAGGAAGUUGAAUGAAUUAGUUACAAACAAGCACGUCGAUGGAUGGGAGGACCCACGUCUUAUUACUCUUGCUGGGUUGAGGAGGAGAGGUGCUUCUCCAGAAGCAAUCCAAGCUUUUUGUCGAGGAGUUGGUAUUACUCGCAGUGACAACCUAAUACGAACGGAACUUCUGGAACACUUUAUGAGGGACGACUUGAACAGGAACGCACCUCGUUCAUUGGUGGUGCUUAAACCGUUGAAGGUCGUUAUUACAAACAUGGACGAAAACACAGUGGAAGAAUUAGAAGCUAAACCUUGGCCCGAGGCAAAGGAAGGCGAUCGGGCUAAAGAGACCUACAAGAUACCGUUUUCUCGAGUCAUAUAUAUUGAACAAUCUGAUUUCCGACUGAAAGACUCUAAAGAUUAUUACGGCCUUGCGCCUAACAAAAGUGUGAUGCUCAGAUAUGCAUACCCUAUCAAGUGUACUGACGUUAUUUAUGGAGAAGACAAGGAAACUGUUGUGGAGAUACAUGCUGAGUAUGAUCGUGCUAAGAGUACCAAACCCAAGGUUAUUCACUGGGUGGCAGAACCAGCACCUGGUGUGAAUCCGCUGAAUGUCGAGAUUAGACUAUUUGACAAGCUAUUCAAGUCAGAGAACCCUGCUGAACUCGAGGAUUGGCUUGGAGAUCUGAACCCAAAUUCGAUCGAGACUAUCACAACAGCGCUGGCAGUUCCGGCUUUGAAGGACGCACCAGUUGGUAGCAAGUUCCAGUUUGAAAGGCUAGGUUAUUUCUGUGUUGAUACGGAUACAACUCCGGAGAAAAUGGUCUUUAAUAGAACUGUUACUCUUCGGGACUCCUAUCCUAAAUCUUUAGGAAAAUGAAGCUCACGUUGCGCGGGAGCAACAUCUUGUAAGGGACGACAGUUGGCAGAAAGAAUUUUAUUUACAUAAAGUUUCACAACCCCCUGAGUGCCUUUGCCUACGAGUUCUCUCAUCAUCAAGUCAAUUCAAUUGUGGUUUGCGGCUUAACACAUGUGUUGACUAACGAGAGUUUUUGAAAACAUUGUCCGUGAAAAACCUUUGAACAUUGUUUACUGAAGUUACAU